CAACGUCUAUUGUUGUGAAUGUGAAUUGGCGAUUACGCCCUUGGAAUGCGAGCCUUGGCAGACCUUGCAUUUACCUGCUUCGUAUGUUUUCGUUAUGUUAUUCUAGUGCCAAAGGCACAUGCGCACACUUGUGAGUUUUGACCUUAUAGUCGUAAAUCCUUCUGUUCAAAUAGACAAUUCUUUUGUAGUCUGAGGUAGAAGUGAUUGACCUGCGCCAAUUUGUUGUCUGAGGCCAAACACACACAACUUCAAAUAGGCAGUGAUUUCACUGAUCGGUACGUUUAAUUCAAAGAUUUCUAAUCUCCUAGAUCCAGAAUUAAUAUCAAGUAUAAUCAUGAAAGAAUUGUACAUUUGGUGUAUCCUGUUCUCCGUUGUUACCAAGGUUACAUGUGAUACAGACUCGAUGUAUUUGGACAUGACCUACACCUUAACAAGGACACAUUACAUUGGCCAACUUAUGACGAUUUUGAAUUGACCGUGCUUAUCAAAAACUACACCAUGGGCGGUGAAUUGUAUUUAGAAUCCAAUAGUUUCUGUACUCCCGAACACCUUGGUACCCACAUGGACGCGCCAGUUCAUAUGUCAAAGGGAAAAUUAAAUGCUGACGAAGUUUUGCUAGAUCAGCUUAUCGGCCCUGCAAUCAGAAUAAAUAUAAAAUCAAAAGCAGAUGAAGACCCGGAUGCACAGCUCACUGUUCCCGAUUUAGAAGCAUGGGAAGAAGAGAAUGGUGCCAUCCCCGAUGACGUCAUACUGAUGGUGUAUUCAGGAUGGGGAAGCCGAUGGCCAGAUAAGAUCAGGUUCUUAGGGACAGAUACUACGAACACCACGUUAUUGCAUUUCCCCGGCAUUGCCCCCGAAGCCGCCCAGUGGCUGGUUGACUAUAGAAAGAUCAAAGCAGUUGGAAUUGACACGCCCUCCCUGGACCACGCACCGUCUUCCUUGUAUCCUACCCACCAAAUACUAUACCUGCGAAAUAUACCAGGUUUUGAGAAUGUUGCCAAUAUGGACCAGCUUCCCACCAAAGGGGCCACUGUAUUUGCAAUUCCAAUGAAAAUAGGGGGAGGAAGCGGCGCUCCACUUCGCAUUUUUGCCACUGGGUGGCGCUCUGACAUCGAAAACCCAUGCAGCGUUGGCCUAGCGACUAAAGUCGUAUUCUGGAAGUUUGAAAUUACAUUUCUCGCCGUGGUAGUUUCUAUACUCCGAGUACUGUAG